AUGAACGCAAAAGAAGAGAACAUCCGUCUGGAUGGGAACUCCGUGAGCUCUGAUGGUGGAGAAGUGGAGAAACAGAGCACUUUCAAGUUUGCAGAUAUUCGGAGAUCACUUGGUGAAGAUUAUGGGCUCUACGAACUCCGUCUCCUUUUCCUCACUCAGCUCGGAUAUGUUCCUAUUGCCGCAGCUAUGUUGCUCACAACUUUCAUAGAGCCGUCUACACAAUGGUGCGAAACACUGAAAAAAUCUGAAUCAGCUUGGACCACAGUGAAACACGAAGAGUUCUAUUCCAUUUCAGUUGAUCACGGAUUUUCUUGCGGUGCCAGCUCCCAUGAAAACAAGGCUUUGGUUUCAAGUUUGCUCAUGUGGGGAGCAUUGAUAGGAUCGUUCUUUUGUGGAUUCCUAUCGGAUAAAAUUGGUCGAAAACCCGUUUGGCUCGGUUGUUUGAUGAUGGUCACCAUCGGUCACUUUGCUCUUGCAUUUUCCAACCAUCUUCCCUGGUUUGCAGUCUGCACAGCUUUCGGCACUCUUGGAUUCUUUUGUGGAGGGUAUAUGGUGACCAACUUUGUGAUUCUAACAGAAGGAUUCGAGUUAGCAAAGUCCCGUCUUCUAGCUGUCUCUUUCAACGGUUGGAGCUUGUCUAUGACUGUGAACGCUUUGGUGGCAAACUACACUCAGUAUUAUGUUCCAUUCCAUGGGGUGUUUGCUGCAUUCGGAGUCAUUUUGACAGUACUUGGAGUCACCACUUGCUAUGAAAGCUGCCGAUGGCUAUCAGCCAACGGACGUCACCGGGAGGCCAAGAAAGUUGCUCUGCAGAUUGUGGCAGUCAAUGACAAAAGAGCGAUUGACGAGGACGAUAUUGAAGUUUUAAAAUGGUUUGAGAUCCUUGGAUUCAGUGAGCCAACACACACGGAGGAGCGGAGAACAUGGUCGACUCUAUUCAAAUCUUCCCGUCUCCUCAAACCAACCGUGUUGAUGUGCUAUUCGUUUUUUGCUUCAUCCAUCGUCUCUUUCGGAUUCUACUUUUCUCUUGACGUCCUUCCAGGAAACCGAUUUUGGAAUCAAGGAUUUAUGGGUGUCUCCAAGUUUGCACUCGGAUUCACUCCAUUUAUAUUGAACAAUUUCACUAGCAAACGAAUCAUUGCAAUUUUCUCUGUCGGUGUCUGCUGGAUUUGUGCAUUGUUGAUCAUUCCAGUGCAAUAUUCAAACAACGAGAAAUGGCAUUUAGUGUAUAUUGCACUCUCUUUAAUCAUCUCUGCUGGAAUCGAUCCGACAUGGAAAAUCAAUCAUCUCUAUUCCGCCGAGCUGUUCCCAACUUCGGUGAGAAGUAUGGCAAGAGGAGUUUGCAAUGCUGGAGGACGAUUUGGAUCUGUCUUGGCACCGAUGAUUGUGUACCUCAACACUUUCAAUGUUUUGAUCUCAAAUGCAGUAUUCGCCGUGUUGUUAUUCAUUCAGUUGGCUAUGAUUAUGGCCUUCCUCCCAAACGAUAGUGAUAAGGACGCCGAUGAGAUGAAUGAUGAAUAA